AUGUCGGAGGCCGUGAAGGGGUUAGGGAGGGAGGCACGGGCGCGGCAGGGUCGAGAGAGGGCGGGGUGGUUCGGACGGCUCAAUCCUCCUCGACAAAGACUUCAUCCCCUCGACAAAGACUUCAUCCGCGACGUCUUCUACAACGGCUGCGAUCCCGCCGACAUCGACGAGGCAACCGAUCUCCUGGGCUCGUUUCCCCCUGCCCUCAUGAACGUCCCCGUGACGUGCACAGCCUAUCGCGAGAUCGUCUGUGAGAAUGAUUGGGCCUUGCCUUGCUCCGUCCAGGAGCGGAUGAUUGCCCAGGGUGGUGGCGUCUUCCAUGUCGAGCGCUGUCAGGAGGCCAAUGCGCCGUAUUUGAGUAAUACCCGGUUUGUUGUUGAGUGUGUUAAAAGGGCGGCGGGGGAGGACGUGUAG